AUGAAUAGUCCAGAUUAUAAUAAUGAUCCUUCAACUUAAAGAUCUGAUAUCAAAGUUGCCAAUAACGGAGCUCCAAGAAGACUGAAUUCUUUGAAGAAAAACGACAAUACUAAUUCAUCCUUUCAAAAUAAUGUUAAACCACAGUGUCCUGAAUGCUCAGGCAUUUAAGUAGGGUAUAAUGAUGACACUCAGAAAUAAAAAAAGGUGAAUGGGGUUGAAUUCAGUAUGAGUUCUGCGCUUAAUGGCAGUGAUAAUCAAACAACUAUAGUUGGUUCAAAUCGAAAUGAGAUGAGCUCAAUUUCCAAGUAAUCACCUAACGCAACUCUGUCAAGUAAAAACUAUAACCAGGGAGGAUUGGCGUCAAAUCAGUUCAGUCAAUUUUCAAGUCAAUCAAACAAUAAUGGCCUCAGCAAUAAUGUUAUUAAUGAGGUGGAUGAAGAAUACAAAAAUGAUGGAGCUUCUGAUUCACAAAGAAGAAGUCAUUAUGGUAUUGAAAAUGUACCAGACACAGCCUACAACACUAAGCAGAUGAUUGAAUAAAGCUAUAUGCCAUAGGUCUCUCAUUAAUCUUUAGCAGUUUCUGAUAGAAGAAAUAAUAGAAAUUAAAGACAGGAUUCAUCUUAGAGAUCUAACACUUCUAAAAAUGGAGCUCAACUAUUGAACGUAUGUAAGAGAUUUGAGUUCACUUAGGAAAACAGAAAGAUAAACUUCAAAGUAAGGGAAAUGAGUGAUAAUGAAAGAAGACAGCAUGAAUUGGAAAUAUAUAAUAUGCUAAAAACCAAAAAAGAAGGAGUAACUUAAUCUGAUGGGUCUGUUUUGUUUUAUGUAAUUGAUGGAAAUUGGGUACAGUUAUGGAGGCAGUUCAUCAAAGGUAAUGGAGUCUUGCCUGGUGAAAUAGAUAACUCAAGUCUGAGAUCCUAUAUUCUUCAAUGGAGAUAAAAUCUUUCCAGCUAUAACAGUAUAGAUGAUGAUAUUGAGUUAAAGAAAAAUGAGGAUUAUUGUGAAUUUACAUAGCCAAUGUGGAAAUUCUUCUAUGAUAACUACGGUUGCAGACCAAUUAUUCAAAUAAGAUACUUUACCAAAGCAGAAGGAAUACUUCCAAGCAUAUAUAAAGAUUUAAGUCAAGCAAAGAAUAAACCUUCUGAGAUUGUUAUGUCCUCUGACUCAAUAUUCUCCAUGCCUCAUAAUUAGGACUACAUAUUGAAUGCCAGAAAUGAAUAGAAGCAAGGAGUAGAGGAAUAGUGGAAUAAUGCAUCCUAGCCUAAGUUGCAAACUGAUCUCAAUAAGGAAUAGAAUUCCAUCAUUAGGACGUAUGUUGGAAAGCUAUUUACUUCGAUUCAUGAAGUUCCCAAAUACAAUUUUGAAAUUUUGAAGUUAAGCAAGAGGGAUCGAAGUGUAUACGAGUACGAAAAGUUUAAUACCCUUUAGUUUAAUAACCCAUCGAAGAAAAAAUAAAUGUAUAUAAUCAGCAACGAUUGGAUAACUUAAUGGCUAAAAUUCUCUCAAAAGAGUGACAGACUUGAAUCUAUUCCAGGUCCUAUCAAUAAUGAGGUUCUCGAAAAGGAUUUGGUGAUAGAUGAAAAUUUCAAUAAGCUGAAGAAAAAUACAGAUUUUUACUACGUCUCUAAGGAGGUUUGGGAUUUCCUUUUUAAUAUAUAUGGAGGUGGUCCAGCAAUCAUGUUAAAUGACCAAGAUAGCAAACUUAAUGUAACUUAGCUAUCUGAGGCAGGCUCAAACAAGUUCGAGCUGAUGUCAGUUGCGAGCUCAAACUUAUCUUUCUAUAGGUAUAAUAACCAUAGUUAGAAUAAGAAUUAUAACGAUAGUAAUGCUUAAUAAAUAAACAAAAAUGGCCAACAAAUUCACAAAAAUUUGAUUGGACUCUCAGAUGGUAUUGUUGGAAUCCGCAAUAUUAACUAUUAUUGCUAUCUUAAUGCCUUCAUGUAAUGUUUGGUUCCUCUAGAAGAGCUAAGAGAUCAUUACUUGUCCUAGGAAUACGCCAAAUACAAGAGCGUAUAGACAAAAAGGAAUGAUUUUAGCUAUAGUAAUGGGCUGUAUACAUUCUAUAAGAAUGUCUUCAGAUUAAACUAAAAAAUUAUUGAAAUCAAAUUUUUGAAGGACGUGGUUGCUUAAAAGUUUCAUCCAAUUAUGCAGCAUGACAGUCAUGAAUUCAUGACUUUCCUAUUUGGAAGUUUGUAAGAUGAGGAAACUCCAAUUGAAGGAAGCAGAUUUAAUGGCAGUGAUAAUUCUAAAUCCUUAGAUUAGAUACUUAGAGAAUACUAUAAAUCUCAUCCUUCUAUAAUAGACAGAAUGUUUACUGGUAAGUUCCUUUUUUACAGGAUAUUAAAAUCCCUGCAGAUCUAUACUAAUCAUAAAAAAUCAUCUAACAUUAUUCUUAUAGGUAUGUAAAAAACUAUUGUUACCUGUGGAAAAUGUGGAUAUUAGUCCAUUACUUAUAACCCUUACAUGGCCCUAUCAGUUCCCUUUCAAAAGACAUUAGACUAGUCAUUAGCUGAAUUCCUGAGGGAGGAUAUCCUUGACAAGACAGAAAGCUAUAGAUGCGAGAAAUGCAAAAUGACUUCAAUGGCAAGAAUUAAGCACGACUUAAGCAAGCUACCAAAGGUGAUUGUUUUUCAUUUGAAAAGAUUUGCCUUUCCUUCAAUGAAAAAAAUAAAGGGCAAAAGCAGAUAUCCUGACUUCAUUAAUAUGUCAGAGUAAGAUCAUAAAUUUUUCUCUAAUAAUUCUUUUAGAUAUUGCUCGUAUUCAGACUACGCAGACAAUGAGAACCUACAAUAUGAGCUGUUCGGACUGACAGUCCACAUAGGAUCCUUAGAAAUGGGUCACUAUGUAGCCCUAUCGAAGAGAUUUAACAGUUGGUUCGCAUUUGAUGAUGAAAAUUAUAAAGAGGUUUCUGAAUCAGAGGCAUUAAAUUAGGAAGCAUAUCUCCUCUUCUAUAGAUAAAUAUCCUAAUGA